AUGACUGAUCUCUUAAUUGAUGAUAAAGUGAAUGAGAAUGACUACGGGAUCCUCAGAACAAUCGCAAAAAAUACCCACGAUGUAAUGGAGUUAGAGUUGCUGAAAGCUUUGAAGAAGAAUGACAAAGUAGCUGUGUUGCCUUUAUGGUCUGAAGUGCCUUCUGCUCUAAUCGCAAAAUACACAUUUAAGCUUGAAAGCAAUGCAGCUACUCAUGGCUUUCCUCUUCAAAGAUGUCAGCAUUCCUGGGCAGCCGGUCUAUUGCUCUUCGAAACACACAAGCACAGAAGUAAUAGAGCAAGAAAUAAGGCUUCUGUUGUUGAAAGAGAGAAUAACUCUAGGAUCAGGUAUAACAAACGCAAAACAUGCAUUCAAUGA